GCUGAAAAUUCUCGUGGGAGAAUUUCUGUAUUCGAGAGGCUAUCACAGCCUGAAGCCCUUACCACCAGGAGGAUUGUGGCUGACGGAAGAAUCUCAGUGGUGACUGCCAACACCACCACUCUGUCAACCAGGUUAUCUGCACCUGGGAAAUACGAUGCUGAGGCCUCCUCAUCUGGAGGAAGGCCUACAAGGAGGCAAAGAAGGAAGAUGAAUGCUGAACUCCGAGCUCAGCAUCAACAACUCCCGGUUCACCCAUCAAAUCUGUCGGCCCAAGAGUCUGAAGCUAACAUUCCAACCCGAAAUGGGUUUGCAAAUCUGAAGUGGGUCAAAAGAAACAACUCUACUGGUGAGCUGAAGAAAUCCUUUUGGGAUCAACGAUCUGAAGCCCUAAUUCCUCCAAGGAAGAAAGAGCCUAAAACUCUUUCAGCCCGGGUAUACAGAGUCCUGAAAAUAGUAAAGGAGAAGGGAUUGAAUAAAAGAAGAUACCAACGACCUCUGAUGGUCGAAGCCAGAAGGACUGCACCAAGAGAACGCUUAUCUGUUGUGGUGGAGAGGAAAGAAAGGAUGUAUAUCCCACGCGGUGAACAUCGGGGUGUGACACCUGAACCGCAUGUUCAGGGAUCCACCACUGAAAGGUCCCGGUGGAAAGGAAAUCAAGUCUGGAGGCCAAAGCCUCGAAGAAUUGAGAAAGAUAGAAGAGAAAGAGGAACUGAUCUGGGCGUGACAUCCGGUGAGGCUUCCCAGAGAUCCUCCCCCAUCUACGAACAACGUCAGAAGUGGGCCCCAAAAAGGUCCCAUAAUGGCAUUCCUCCAGACGGUAGACACCUUGGAGAAUCCUCCAGGGGAUACCGUUGCCCUCCAUCCACUUCAAAAGAAGAAACCAACUUUGACAGCAGUCCGCUGGUUGAAGAAGUCCCCGUGCCUAACCAAGAACCUGAAAUCCAGUGGAGGCGCUGCUCGGAGAUCCAAGUACUAUAAGAGGAAGGAAAUAUGCAAGGGGGAGACAACAUUGAAGAAGAGGAAUUCCUUGAAGAUGAUGAAAAUAUAUAAGAAUACCUUGAAGGGGACGAAAAUAAUGAAGAAAACAUUGAUGAAUUUAUGGAGGGAAAUCUAGAAGAAUAAUUGAAAGAAAUAAAUAACACAUUAGACAUGGAGGUGGUCUACAUGGUGAGACACGCCAAUGCUAAUGAUGAAACCUACUAUGAUGACGUUGAAGAUGAUGACGAUCAACAACCGCCAGUUAGGCGAGUUUAUCAACGUCGUCGUGAAGAGCAUUCUUCGCUGCUGCCACUUUUGUUUUAUAUUUUGAUGAUUUUUUCCCACGCCUCAAUUAACUCAUCACGAGAAUGGUCAACUUCUUGGUGUUGCAAGGAAAGAUAAGUAGACAUUGUCACCAGUGUAGCUUUGCUCCCUGCCAGUUGGCUUUUCAAGGCUCUUGUUUAUUUAACCUUUGCCUAACUUUCACUCAUACUCUACUUUCAGAUAUUUAACUUUCACAUAAUCUAAAUUCCACUAAUCUAACUUCGUCCAAGUCCGUCAUUUGAAUCAUCUGUAAUGGGAAACAAUUACAUUAAAAAAUAUAAAGCAAAAUAAAGAGAAGAAAAAGUUUGUGAUAAUUCAUCAUUUUAUUUGCCUAUUGUCGUUCGGUGUAGACAUUCUUUAAAUAUAUCUUCAAGGGAUAAGUGUAGGAUCCCACUAUUUGAAACAAGGGUAACAAUAUUAGCUAUCAAGGAAGUACAUCCUCUCUACAUCCCUAUGUACUCCACUUAUCAAGUGUAGGAACAUUGUCAAGCCUAUGAUGAUAUUUAUAACUCUACACAAAAAUUGGUGCAAAGAGACACCACUCACAAUGAAAAGCUCAAGCAACUUUGGAGCCGGAGGAAACAGUAAUCCUAUAUACGUAAUGUCAUCUCAUAUACUAUAAUGAACCCAUGUAAUGGAGCCCAUGUUUGGUUAAACCUUUUAAGGGCAACAAUCAUGAAGUCAUUGGGUAGAUAAAACCUUUUAUGAAUAAUUGUCAUGCCAUCCAAAGUAUUAGCGGAUGCAAUAUCAUCAAUCGAUUUCACUCCAGUCGACCUUCUCCUAUCAUCAACCUGGAAGACCAUGAGAUGGUUGUAUGAUCCAAUAAAAGAAAGGAAGUUCAAGAAGAAAACCCUAUUUAUUUCUGUAUUCUCAAAGUCUCGUUCUUGCUCCAACACUUCGAGAAUAGGUUGUGUGACUUUUGAUGUGUCUGUCGGCCCACAAUCUAAAGAAGCAUAAAAAAAUAUCAUGAUGUAUUCAAGGAAUAUAUAAUUCCACUAUAAGAAACUCAAUGGGAAAAAGUUUAAAUUAAUAUAGACAAGAAGAAUAAUUGUGUGAAGAGCGUAAAUGUCCUAGAAAAAAAAUAUUUUUCCUAGGAAGGACGCGUCCUUCUUGAUGAAUCCACACCACCACUUUAAUCACUAGUGAUGACACUUUCCCCCAUGGUUAUCAUCACCUUUAAUAGGAAAGAGUUCGAGCUUGCAUAACAGUACCAAACUUCGAUUGCCAUCGAUGAUAUUCAACUCUUGUCGGACAAUUGUUCUCUCCUUUUACAUGGGAGAACUAGAGCUUGCGUAAGAAGAUCGAGCUUUGAUCACUGCCAUUAGUAUUCAACUCUUGUUGACAAUCACCCUGUGUAAAUGACCGGACCUUAAUUAUCGCCGAAAAUAUUCAACUCUUAUCGGAUAGUUUUUCCUUCAUUUAACGAUGGAGAAUUGUAGUUUUUAUAAGUGAACAAGGCUUUGAUGACCGCCAAUGAUAUUUAAUUCGUGUUAACAAUCACCUAGCAUAAGAGGACUAGAAUUUGAUCGUCAUUGAUGAUAUUCAAUUCUUGCCGGAUAGUUUUCCUAUUUUCUCAAAGAAAACUGGAGCCUGCGUAAGAGGAUGGGGCUUUGAUUGUUGUUGACGGUCUCAAAUUUUUUGUCGGUUCGCUUUUCUAUCAAUUUAUGGAAGAAAAUUUGAACCAACACAAGAGAGAUGCCUUUUCCCACACCCCAAGGUGGUUAUUUAUAGAUUUCUGAAGGGUGAAUUACCAAAAAGUUUUUAAAAUGUCUAAUUUUUUCAGAAAUUUUUAAGCCUAAAAUUAAAUUUAAAAGAUAAAAAAUAAAAAGGAAAAAAUGAAUAUUUUUAUUUCCUUCUCUAAAAGAUCUCUUGAAUUUUUUUUAUAUAUUUUUAAAGUAUUUUAUGUUUUUGAAUAAGUUUUCUAGAAGCAAUUUUUGUUUUUGAAUUUUGGUAGGGGUGUGUGCUCCCAAGUUAGUGUUUCGGCUUGGACUUGUUUAUUGUCCUCAUGACCAUCUUUUUGGUCUGGACAAUCAAAUUUAGACAUUUUUUUGUAUCCUUGCACCAUUUUUUUAGAUUGUAGAUUCAAUUUUCACACUUUUGGAGCCAAAUGGAGCCUCUUCAUUUACUUUUGAGUAAUCUUAAUAGUUUUAGAAUGAGAUUUUUUUUAUAUAUUUAUGGGACAUGCCACUUCUAAUAAUCUAUAAGUAGGCCCCACUUGAUAUAUGAGGGAGACUUUUUAGUAGAGUUUGGAGAGAGAUUUGAGUUCUGAAUAAUCCUAGAGCUCUAACUGAGCACCAGCAACAAUAAAUCUUCGUCGAAUUAUUGUCGUCGUCGGAUCUCUGUCAUCCGAUCAAUGCUGUCAAACUCUCGUUGACCAACGAUUGCCAGACCUUCACCUAGUCUCCGUCGUCGAACUUUCGCCCGGCUGAUUACCGAUGGACCUAAGCGUUACUGUCGACUGCUUGACUUCUGCUCAGAAACCCUCAUAGGUCUUAUGCCUGACCCAUCUUCGUUGAACCUCCUCUUGGCCGCUGAUCACCGGUCCUCUGCCUCGCCACCGCUACAAGGCUUUCAACCUACAAAUCGUAGUUAGACUUUGACCUGGUCGCAUGCCAACCUCCGCUAUCUGCCUUUAGCUGAGCGGUUUUCACUUGAUCGCCAUCAUCAAAUAUAAUGCCAGUUGACUAUCACUAUAAACUCGCGACCUCCAGACGUUCACUGCCACUAGUUGCACUUAUUUCCUGAACUCUUUGUAAUUUUACCAUCUCCAAUAUGGGGUAUUGAGCAACAUUUUUAAUUCACAUAUACAUAGUGGAAUCUCUUUAAUUGGGCAAAAAUUCAUGGUUUUUCCGUUUCUUGAUUUUUCAUGUAAAAAAAUCUCUGGUAUUCCCAAGGUCUCACAUUUAUCUAUUUAUGUGAUGGACAUUCGUGCAAAUGCUAGUAUGUAAAAUGUUCUCUGAUCUACCACCACGAAUUUUUUAGCCUGCAACAAUACUCAUUACAAGUUUAUUUAAAAAAUAUUCAACCAGCAUGCACCAAGCAUAAUUUAAUUUACAUCUUUUGCACACAAUGCAGGUUCAUCCAUCUUCAGUGCUGGAAGCUAAUGAAGAUGGUAGGUUACCAGACUAUGUUGUCUACCAUGAACUAAUAAGUACUUCUCGCCCCUUCAUGAGGAAUGUAUGUGCAGUAGAUAUGUCAUGGGUGAUACCUAUUUUAAAGAAGCUUGAGAAGAUGGAUAUCUACAAGCUGAGUGGCGCUUUGGAGAGUGGAAAAAUUGAACAAGAGAACAAACAGCUUCCGCCACCCAACGCAGAAGGAAACAGCAAAAGCAUAGGUGAUUCCAUGGAGAGUAGAAUUCUGGCAGCCCGUGAACGCUAUCUUAAUCGUAAAGCAAAGAAAUAAAUAGCCUUCUAUCAAACAUGCUGAAGGAAUUUGAUGCUGGAACCAGUUAACAAGCUAAAUUCGUGCAUUCUUCUCGUGAGUCCAGGUGCAAUUACUGUAAUUGAUGCUCUGCAAGUUUUUGGCAAUUAAAUAUAACCUGAUUAUUUUGUAUAAAAAAAGUGAUAGUAUUAUACUUCCUGUGUCGUUUUUUAUAAUUUAAGAACCAUGAAUAAAAACUUGCAGAGCAUAUUGGCAAUUUCUAAAUAGUGGCUAUUUUUGUUUCAUACCAAAUAUAUACUAUUUAUAUUUUUUAAGUAAUUAGUGAUUCCACUACAUUUAA